CCAAGUUUACGUUACUUAACUUCGUUAUGCCUUGCGGAUCAUCUUCCUGCUGUUCCAAUUCUUGUAGUAAAAAGCAACAGUGCUGCAACAGUGAAGAUACCAAGACUCCCGAUGCGGUCUCCGUCGAGUCUAGUGAUGACGGCUGCGGAGAGAACUGUGCUUGCUGUGGAUUCGAUCGCCCUGAAAUGAACACUGAGACUGUGGUGGGAGCUAUGAAGAAAUUGGCCGGCCAGGCGUAUCUUAUUUACGGCGAGCACACAGCCUGGCCGAAGGAAGCCAACACUAUGGACGAUAAGCUCAAGGAAAUGGUGGAUACUUUGAGGAAGCAUCUACCGAAGAAUUUCCCCGUAGUGAUUGCUGAGGGCAUCCCUGGCGAGGAUAAGGAGGGCGAUGUGUUGUUCUUCCCUAGUGGUCUCCGCAUUCCUGCCGGUGCUGACUUCUCGAAGAUCGAGGUAGACAAGUCGCAGUCUCCAGCUCCCAUCGCCCAUCCUGACGCCGUGCCAGUGCCAGCCAACUCCAGGCACAUAUUCGUCUGCGCUCACAACAACCGUGAUAAGCGUUGUGGUCGUUGUGGACCCGAGCUGGCCUCCUACAUCGAAGCGUUGGAGGAUCCGAGAACUCAUGUGCGGAAAUGCAGUCACAUUGGUGGCCAUAAGUUUGCUGGCAACCUCAUCAUCUACGACAUGAAAGUGGCUGAUACUGGUGACUGGUAUGGUUACGUCACUCCGACCAACUUGAAGCAGAUUCUCGCUCAUAGCGAGAGGAGACACUUCACUUCUGGGGUCUACCAAUCCCACUGGCGCGGUCGCACUGGUAUGUCCAAGGCGGACUGCAUCGAAUAUGCUGCUACCAAGAAGCGUCAACAACGCAUGAAGAUCGUCAUUGGCGGUGCAGUGGUUGGCGCGGCUGUGGCGGCAGCAGUGAUGACGUUGAAGGGCAAGAAGCUGGAGAUUCCUGAGCUCGUGAAAGAAGACUGAGUGGAAGUGUAUAGACACCCUCCUAUGCCCGGCUGUUACGCCAUGCCCCUUUUAACUACUCUGUUGGUCUAUGCUGUGUCGCACGUUGUGCUGUACUACGGGUUAUUGUGCUCAUGCUAGCGGUAGCUAUGCUGAAGUACUCCCACCAACAUGUAUUCGACCAUCACCAGUGUAGGUUUGUUUCUCGGCAUCGCUCCUAGCUCCUUGUAUGCAUCUUUGUCGGUCCGGCAUUCUGUUUCCCAUAUAGU